AUGGUGCACUGGACAGCCGAGGAGAAGCAGCUCAUCACCGGCCUCUGGGGCAAGGUCAACGUGGCCGACUGCGGCGCCGAGGCCCUGGCCAGGCUGCUGAUUGUCUACCCCUGGACCCAGAGGUUCUUCUCUUCCUUCGGGAACCUCUCCAGCGCCACCGCCGUCUCCGGCAACCCCAUGGUCCGUGCCCAUGGCAAGAAGGUGCUCACCUCCUUUGGGGAGGCCGUGAAGAACCUGGACAGCAUCAAGAAAUCUUUUGCUCAGCUGAGCAAACUCCACUGUGACAAACUGCACGUGGACCCCGAGAACUUCAGGCUCCUGGGUGACACCCUCAUCAUCGUCCUGGCCGCCCACUUUGGCAAGGACUUCACCCCUGCCUGCCAAGCAGCCUGGCAGAAGAUGGUCCGUGUGGUGGCCCAUGCUCUGGCCCACGAGUACCACUGAGCAUCCCCCCCUGCCCGGGCUGCCCCUGCUCACGGGGAAGCACCCGCUGGUUCUGUUGGUCUCUGGUUGCCAAAUAAAGACCCAUCUGCUCCAG